GAGCCCUAAAUUCCAUUUUUCUCACAUCCCACACGCCUUCGGUCUCUUCAAAUUUACGAUAUCUUCAUUCAUAGCUAUGUACAAAUUAUCGACCAUCAUCUCUGCUGGAUCAGCUACAAGGCAACGUUAGAUUCGUUUAUUCGAUCAGGAAGUUUAAGCUGCUUUUCAAGUACUUAGGGUUUUGUUUUCUUCGAGAACAACACCUUUUGUUUCAUCGGGCCAACAAUGGCUGAUGUAUUCGAAGAGGAAACUGAGCAAACAGUUUCACUGAAUGAGUAUCUUGAUGAAGUCGAGGAUCAGGAACUUGAAGCGGAUUUAGUUUUGGGUGGAGAUGAGGGAAAGGAGUGCACGUACGUCAAAGGUUAUAUGAAGAGGCAGGCAAUUUUCUCAUGCUUAACAUGCACUCCAGAGGGAAAUGCCGGUGUUUGCACAGCGUGUAGUUUGUCUUGUCAUGAUGGACAUGAGAUUAUAGAACUCUGGACAAAGAGAAAGUUCAAAUGUGAUUGUGGUAAUUCAAAAUUUGGAGAAGCCUUCUGCAAACUUUUACCAAGCAAAGAUAUUGAGAAUUCAGAGAAUUCCUACAACCAUAAUUUCAAGGGCAAAUACUGUACCUGUGGUCGACCUUAUCCGGAUCCUGAUGUUGAAGAGCAAGUAGAGAUGAUCCAAUGCUGCAUAUGUGAGGAUUGGUUUCAUGAGGAGCAUCUUGGCCUCGAGUCUACCAAUGAGAUACAGAUACCAAGAGAUGAGGAAGGAGAACCUCUGUACGAAGAUCUCAUCUGCCACAUCUGCUCACCAAUCUGUUCUUUUUUAAACCUCUACCCUCAAACCAUACGGGCGUUGCAUAAACAACAAGAUACUGCAACUAAUGCCAAAGAAAAGGGCGUGGAAACCGCACCUUCGGCUUCUGGACCCUCAAUAAAUCUUGAAAAUGGCACUUCAGAGUUUCAUCAUGUAGAUCCUACUGUAUCUGAUGAGAAGGGUAUGAUUAUUGGCGAGAAAUCUGAUACGUGUCUUCUUGGUGUUGACCUGUUGACCACUGAAUUGACCUCGGAAAAAAGUCAACCGAUGUUUCUCUCGAAGAAUUGGAGGGAGGCACUCUGUGGAUGUGCAAGGUGUUCGGGCUUCUAUGCCGAGAAGGGAAUCAGUUUCUUGCUUGAUAAGGAGGAUUCUAUUGCUGAAUAUGAGAGAAUGGCAAAGCAGAAGAGGGAUGAAAAAAUGCAGCAACAAGAAGGGGCGGAAUUGAGUUUUCUCAGUAAUCUUGGGCAUGUGGAGAAGAUGGAAAUCCUUUCGGGCAUUGCUGACAUGAAAGACGAGAUCCGUUCUUUCCUGGAAUCCUUUGAUGCAUCGAAGCCAAUCACGACUGAUGACAUCCACCAAGUCUUCGAUAACCUCAAGAAACGCCGACGAAUGGACUGAUUGAUUCAGAUCCAUGGUUCUUUUGCGACUAAAUCUGUAUGGAUUUGUGUCGUAAGUCACCCUUGUCUUCGAAAGAACCGACACUCUUGUUUUUAUAGGUAUGUAUGUUAAUUUGCAUCUCUGAUGCUAUAAGAACUGAGAAGUGGAUCUUGGUUCAGACAUGCUAUGCUUGUGGUGUUUGUACUUGGUGUUCUUGAUUUGCAACUUGGGAUCAUGUGAGAAUAACCGUUAAUAUGAGAAUGAUGAAAAUGUUUCCGAGUC